AUGGCUUGCGAAAUAGCCGUUGAAGACGUGGGACAAAAUUUCGCCGAUCUAAACGAGAAAAGAAAUUUGGUUACAGACAGACUGCAACGCAGAGAUGAAGAACGUCUUCAGGAUCUCCAAAAAAAGAAGGAAGACAAGGAAAAGAUAACGUCUGACACAGAAAACACUGUGUUUUUCAACGAAAAUUUCAACGCCGCGAAAGCCAAAAUAGAAGCUGAUCUAAUGAGAAGUGAUGAUAUCACCGGUAAAUCAGAAUUGACUGAUCACUUUGAUGCCCUAGUGGUUGCAGUUCAAUCCUUGCAGAAGUUUGUGUCUGACUCCACAUUAUUUUUACCAAAGUAUGAAAUCAGAUCAUCGCAAGAUGUUGUUAACCGGCUGACAGACGCGAUCAACGAGAAACGUGACGAAAAAAUCCCAAAGAAAAAAUUCGCUUUCAAAUCCAAGAAAAAAUCAGAAAAAAUUGAGAAGAAGGGCACCCAGAAUGGCGAUGCUGUUGAUUCCGCUACCACAAGUAAAGUUAGUGUACAGGCAAAUGACUGUGGCUUUAUGGACCUCAGUGGUCAAUCGUUGUCUCUUGGAGAAAAGUCAAUAAAUCAGAAGGAUGUUGCCAUCAUGAGACUGACAGAUUGUGUCGUCAAACUACAUGGCUCACCAAGUGCUAUCCACAUUGAUAAACUUACUAACUGUAAGGUUUUCAGUGGCCCUGUAUCGGCAUCCAUCUUCAUUGAUAAUUGCACCAACUGCACAUUUGUGUUGCCAUGUCAACAGCUCCGUAUCCACUCCACCACUGAUACUAGCUUCUACAUACAUGUUACUAGCAAAGCCAUCAUUGAAGAUUGUUCCAGGGUCGUUUUUGCUCCUUAUAAUUGGUACUAUAAUGGCAUUGACGAGCAUUACAGAAUGUCUGGUUUAGAUAAGAGCAUCAAUAAUUGGGAUGAUGUUGAUGAUUUCAAUUGGCUAGUCACAGAUCAGCAGUCACCAAACUGGGGUGUUAUUCCAGUAGAGGAGAGAGUAGAAAAUUGGGAGACCUGA